AAGUUUAGACAAACAUUUGCCGCAUGUAUUAAAUUUAAUUACUAAUAAGUAUAAACAGUAACAUUAAUUAUUACAAUAUUUUAAAAAUGUUUGCUCUACAAACCCGUCGAAUGUAUCUAAUAUGUGAUAAAAUGAUUGUCCGAAAAAUAAGGCAGAGAAGGUCAGUGGGACCGAAUCCAGGAUUAGAUGAAAGAUUAAGGGUAUUUCGAAAAGACGGUAUUAAAGUUGAAGACAAUGAUGCUGAAGAAUUUAUUGAACAGUCCGAAAGUAGUUUUUAUAAUGUUGGUGAAGCCUAUAAUGAACAUCUAAACGAAACUCUGAUUGGAAAACAUGUAAUACGUCACCACAUUGUGAAAGAGAAAUAUUUUAAAGAGAACAUGCCAAAUCUAUUGACUUGGAGUGAAAAGGAACAGAUAAGACAUCUAGCAACCACAAUGCCUGACGAGUGGACGCCUCAAAGAAUAGCUGAGAGCUUUCCUGUUACUGAAGCUGUAGUAAAGAAAUUACUAAAAUUCCCAUGGAAGCCCGCUACAGAACAGCGCAUAGCUCGACAUGAUGCAUCUGCUAUGAGAAAUUGGAGAGAACUAAAAGAGGGAUCACUAGAUAUACCUGAAAAAUUAAGGCAACACUUCCUAAAAUUCUCUGAGAGGACAAUCCCACCUUUAAAUCAGUCAUCUAUCAAGAUUGAUCUAACUCAGGAAGAAAACAUGGGAGAAUUUGAAAGUAUUAUAAAGAAAUGUGCCGCUUAUGGUGCCAAAAAUGAACAUGUGCAUGAGGGUCAGAAAAUGCAAGGUGAUAAAGCAAAUCAGAAUCACGAAACACAGAAAACUGACAAAAAACGAUUAACACUGGAUGAAUUGGCCAAUAAAAUAAAAAAUCGCUUAGAACAAGGCCAGAAUGUUGAUAUGCCUGAUAAAAUAAUAGUAGACUCUAUUUCUCAAGUACCUGAACCAAAACCAGAUCUUAAAAGAGAUGUAGAAUUAUUCAUGUCCAAUGAAAAACAGGAGUUGACACAAUUCAAGGCAGAUGACAAUAAAUUAGAAGUUGUAUCUGGUUCAAAUUAUCCUGAGAGGAUAAGAAUACCAAAAAAGGCAUAUAGAAAAGGUGCCACAUAUAAAGUAAAUGACUGUUUCUAUGAUCAUGACGGUCGAUUUUUGUAUAGAGUAAUAGGUUUAACAGGCAAACAGUAACCAUAGAGUAAAAUUAGUGAUAGUAAAUAAAACAAUUAUAUAUAAGCCUUGAUUUUUUUUAUCAAAAUUAUAUGCAUUUAUUAUACUUGUCCUUUAUGAUAAAAUAAUUAAAACAAUUACAUUCAAGUUGAAUACUAAACAUGUACAGUAUAUUAUUGCAUGUCUUUUUAUGUAACUAUAGUAAUUUUUUUGCAAAUCUGACAUCAAAUAUUUAUAUAUUUACGUAAUAUGCUUCAUGAAUGUCAUUACAAAAAUAUAUCUUUUAUAAACAAAAUCUUUUGUACAUAAUAAUACGAACAUAUGGCUUUAAGUAAUCACAUCUGGUUAAAACAACAACAACUUAAUCAGGCAUUUAAAUUAUUUCUGGAUACAAACAUUCCAGAUAUUCAUAUUACAUGAAGAUGAAAAAA